AUGCAGAUCCUCCUGCUCCUCUUAGCUUGCGUUCUGGUACCAAGGACAGAGACAGGGGAGAUCAUCAGGGGACAUAAGGUCAAGCCCCACUCUCGUCCCUACAUGGCAUAUAUUCGGUUCUCAAAACAAAAGGAAGAAGCAUGCAGUGGUUUCCUGAUCAAAGAAGACUUUGUACUGACGGCUGCUCGCUGUCUGGGAAGCUUCAUGAAUGUCACCCUGGGCGCCCAUGACAUCAGACAAAAGGAAGAGACACAGCAGCGCAUUCGUGUGAAAAAACCCAUCCCCCACCCAGACUAUGAUAACAAGACACAUGUAAAUGACAUCAUGCUACUACAGUUGGAGAAAAGGGCUGAAUUGACCAAAGCUGUAUGCAUGCUCCAGCUACCUAAGACAAAGAUCCCGGGAGACUUUGGAGGCCCUCUCGUGUGUGACAAGGUGGCUCAGGGCAUUGUCUCCUAUAAAAGGAAUAAUGGAACUUCUCCACUGAUCUUCACCAGAAUCUCCUAUUUCUUGCCAUGGAUAAAGAAUACCAUAAACAGCCUCCAAAUGAAGAAAUCAGACUGA